AUUCGCGUACCUCCUCCCAACGCCUCCCCAAACGCAACGCAAAGAUUCCAUUUUUCCCUCUCGCCGUCGCCUGGCGGCCUCAGAUCACCUCGCUUCAGCAGCAGCAGCAAGCGCUGAGCAAAGGGGAGAAGGUGGCUGCUUUCAUGGAGGCCCACUGAGUCUUCAGUCCGGAGCUUCCGACCCAAGAAAGGGAGAGCAGACGAAGCAGAGGGGGAGAGGCAAAGAGAGAGAUUUGAGGAGCUGGGAAGUGUUUUGGGAAGGAGUGGCAUGAUGGGGUUUUGCAUAUGUCCGCUGGAGACGCCGGCGAGGCUGCUGUGGACGACCAGCUUCUUCCGUCACAAGCUCAUGCUCUUCUAACUCGCGGCCUCCCUGUGUAGACAUAGUGUAAACUCGUUUGUACGUAUAUCUACGUGUUAAGUGCUUUUUUUCCAGUGCCUCGCCGGAGUUUCGGUCAGGCUGGGAUACAGGUUGCCGGAGAUCCACCUCGGGCUGAGAAGGGUAUGGAGGCAGGGCGUUUUCUGUUUGAUCCCCCCGCGCUUCAGGGGAACAUCCUCUUCCUUGAUAAAGGAUCAAGAUCCAUGAUGGGCAUGGAGGAAUCCCCGAAGAGGCGCCGGUUUUUCUGCUCGCCGGACGAACUUUUCGAUGAGGAAUAUUACGAUGAGCAGAUGCCAGAAAAGAAACGUCGCCUCACUCCUGAGCAGGUGCUUCUGCUGGAGAAGAGCUUUGAGGAAGAGAACAAACUGGAACCGGAGCGGAAGACCCAGCUGGCUAAGAAGCUGGGGUUGCAGCCAAGGCAGGUUGCUGUGUGGUUCCAGAAUCGCCGGGCUCGGUGGAAGACAAAGCAACUGGAAAGGGAUUAUGAUUACCUCAAAUCUUCAUACGAUUCCCUUCUUUCGGACUAUGAUUCCAUCUUGAAGGAAAACGAGAAGCUCAAACUGGAGGUCUAUUCCUUGACAGAAAAACUUCAGGGCAAGGAAGUCGAUGGAGCACCAAUGACAGGCCCCUCGGAGCCAGCUCCGCUGGAGGAGGCUGAUGUCCAGGCCGUCCAAUUCAGUGCGAAGGUGGAGGAUAGGCUGAGCACAAGGAGCGGGGGAAGCGCAGUGAUCGACGAGGAAGGUCCACAGCUUGUGGACAGUGGCAACUCGUACCUCCUGUGCGAAAAUUACCCCGGAUGCGUAGCCCAAUCGGAGGAUGAUGGAAGUGAUGACGGCCAGAGUUACUUCCCGGGCGUUUUUGCCGCCGCGACUGAGCAGCCACACCACGAAGAAGAGGAGGAGCCAAUGGACUGGUGGGUGUGGUCUUGAGAUUGGGGCCUCCUUGAAGACCUCUCUUUUUAGCUAUGGAUAGUCUAAUCUCUCCCUUUGUUUAUGUGUGCCUUGUCAUAAGAAGGUUCGGUUAUGUUCCUCCUUCUGUAUACGAUGUCAAAUAAAUCGUAGGGAUACUGAACAUGGCCGUCUAAUGAAUAAGAUUACAGGUCUUGUGCGUUGUCCACUA